AUGGGGAAGGGCAGGUACCGGGGGGGAGGGGCGGCGGAGAGACAGACCCUGAGGGGGCUGAUUGCGCUUGAGCGGGAGCUGGAAAGGGGAAGGCGGGGGGAGAUUGCGCAAGGGGCGGCGGAGGGGGAUGGGACGCGGAGAGGGCAGGGGGAGGGGAGGUGGAAGCGUCGGGUUGUGCUGCUGCGGUGCGACCUGAGUGACCUGGUGGAAGUGGGGAGUGCGGGGAAAGCGGAGGAGGGGGAGGAGAAGGGGGAAGGGGAGGGGGAGGGGGAGGGGGAGGAAUGCGAGGUGCGGAGUGUGGGCAGUUUGAGGCUGAUGCUGCGCGAGUGGGCGCGGAGAUACGCGCUGGUGGUGGUGGUGGCGGGGGAGUGGGCGCCUGACACGGCCUCUCAACCUGCUGUCGCUGCUCUGCUAUCAAAGGCAUGCCACCUGCCCCAGUCCCAGCCUGUCCAGGUCGCACCUCUGCACUUCGCCCCUCUCCUCUCACCUCCACCACCAACAACCCCCAGCACCACCACUCCCACCCCUCACCCUGCAACCACCCCCGACCCCCCCUCUCACCCACCCAACUCCCUGGCCUUCACACCCCCUUCUCCUCGCGUCCUGCUGCUACCCAACCUCCGCCACGUGUCAUCCACCGACACCGCCAACUCACCCACCCUAGCUGCCACGCUGGCAGGCGUGGCAGAAGAACCAGACAGCACAGCUGGGCAGCAGGAUCUGCAAAGCCCAGCGGCUCUCUCCUCCUCCAUGCCCCCCUCCCUCCCCACUGCCAACAUCCGCACGUCUUCUGUCCCGGUGGUAGAUCUCGUAGUGCUGGACGCGCCUUCCGCGUGCCACCGUGUGCUGGCGUCGUGUGUGGGCGUGGCAGCAGUGGUGGGGCGAGCCGUGGCCGGGCUGAGAGUGGAGCGCGAGCUCAUUGAGGUGCUGGGGGCCUUGCGGGAAGUGGGGGAAGAAGGGGGAGCGGGGGACGUGGGAGUGUUAAGGUUGAUGGGGAGAGGGGAGGCUGGAGAGGUGCGUGGUGGUGGUGAGGGGCGCAGUGCGGUGGUGGCGGUGGUGGGAGUGGCGAGCAUGGGUCGCAGUGGAGCAUUGAUCCGCGCUCUUUUGCCUCGCUGCCAUGCCCUCGUGCUCUCCGGCCCUGUGCUGCCUGCCCUCCUCGCUGCUGCCAAUGCUCGUACUGCUGCUGCUGCGGGUUCAGCAGCUCGUGGGGUUCAUCUUGCCCGCCUGCCCGAGUUCCCUUCUCUCGCCACGCUGCACUGCAUCGAUUCAACAGCACGUGGUGAAGCAGAGGGACAUGGGACAGCAGUGAGCGACGCUGGAGGAGCGAGCAACGAGGGAGCAGAGGGAGAGGAGGCAGCGGGUCCACAUACCCACAUCUCGUCCCUCCUAUCCGCUCUCCCCCGGCCUUCCCCACAAGCCCUGGCGGAAGCCUCUGCCUUCCUCUCCUCACUGCCCGCUCCUUUCCUUUCCCGCCUCAUCCUGCCCUUUGCUGUGCAUGGGGUGCCUGCUACUCACGGCACCACCACUACUACCCCCUCCAACCAGCAGCAGCAGCAGGAGCAGCAGCGUGAGUGUCAGCAGCAACAGCGGGUGGAUGUGUGCCCUUCAAGCAUUGAGGACAUCACUCGCCUCUGUGCCGCCCUCAACUGCCAGGUCCGCACCCCCCUUCUCCACGUGUCCAACCAUGCCUCUCACCACAAUGCAACAGCUGCAUUCGCCCCACCUCCAAUGCGUUCCUCAUUCACUCUCCUCUGUUCUGCCAUCCUCUUGUUUCCCUCUCCGCCCCUCGCCAUGAAUCCAGCAGACUGUCUUCUGGGCUGGCUCUAUCUCCCUACACCCACCACCACCCACCACCCACGCAUCAACGCAUGGGGCGAGUGGGUCACAGCAUGGGGCGAGUGGGUCACAGCAUGGGGCGAGUGGGUCACAGCAUGGGGCGAGUGGGUCACAGCAUGGGGCGAGUGGGUCACAGCAUGGGGUGGAGGAGAAAGCAACGGGCGGUUCUGUCGCAGCAUGGCUGGGCGGUUCAGAGGGUCGCGGAACUUCCUUGGUGUGGAGAUCAACCCUCAUCUGGUGCAGAAGGCGCUCUCUCUGGCUGCCACCUCUCCCCCACCGCAUGCCCCACACAGGCCCACCUCUGUCAGGGACACUCGUGGGCAGCGCAGGGAGCAUGCAACAAGCAACGUGUGGUUCGUCCAUGCCAAUGCCACCACGUCUCUGCACUCGCUGCUAGUCGCCUACCCUGGCCCCAUCAACCUCCUCACCAUCCAGUGCCCGGACCCAGACUUUGCAGCGAGCAGGAGAGCGCAGGAGAGGGGCACAGCACACCUGCACCGGUGGGGCAUGCUCACCCCUGCCCUCGUGCAUGCCAUGCUUGCCCUGCUGCACCCCUCCGGCAAGGGCAAUUACAGGUUGUGUGGUUACCUUUCUGGCUUGCAGAUUCUUAUCGAGUCAGACAUCGAGGAGGUUGCGACACGGCUGACAUACGAUGCCAUUAGAUGUCCAUAUCAAUCACGCGACGCGGCUGAGUCGCCGCAAUCGAUGGCGGCUGCCACGGCAGUCACGUGGCGACGUCGCAGCGUGAUAUCGCUUAUCGCCGUGGCGUUCUCUCUCUUGCUGCUCCUGUCGCACGUCGCCUCCGCUGCGCGCCUCUCAACGGGCAAUGACUCUAAACGCGAGGGUCUUUCGCGCAAUAUCGCGUCAGCUUAUACUGGAAUUGUAGCAGCCGCUGCUGAAUUUGAUCCGGUUCAGGAGUCUGUGAAAACUGGCCGCGUCGUUGCGAGGGUUUUGAAAGUGAAGAAGAAAAAGAAGUCGACGACUAAGACCGCGAAAGCAGCGGCGAUUGCGGAGGAAGAGGAAGGAAUUGCGGACGAAGCGGAGAGAGGAGCGGCGGACGAUGCGGCCGACGCGGAAGUCUCGCGAGACGAGGGGGACGAGGACGCGGCUCGAGUGGUUAAGAAGAAGACGAAAAAGAAGACGAAGAAAAUUAAAACUACGGGAAGCAAGAAGGCGGUCGAGUCUGUGAGGGAAACUGAGGGGGAAGAGGAGUCGGAGGGGGAAGAAGUUGCGGAUACGGGGCGGAGAUCGAGUAUGAAGAGGGGAAAAGGGGGAAGCGGGAACGGGGAGGACGGGGAAGGUUUUUCCGCUGUGGAUAAGGCGAUAGCGGAGGCGGAAGCGGUGAUUGCGGGGAAGGGGGAAGAUGCGGAGGAGGGGGACGGGGUGGGGGAGGGGGAGCGAACGAAGGGAGUUAAGGGGAAGAAGAGUGGUGCGAGGGAGGUGGAUGGUGGGGAGGAGGGGAGUGAGGAGGAGGAAGGUGGAGAGAGUGUGGAAAUGACAAAAGAGAGACAGCAGACGGAGCAGCAGCAGCAGAUGCGGGAACAGGAGAAAGCGGGGGGGAAGGGGGAGGCGGGGGGGGAAGGGGGAGGCGGGGGGGAAGGGGGAGGCGGGGGGGAGGAGGGAGGCGGAGUGGGCGAGGAGGUGCAGGUGGCGUUCACGGGUCCACAGGAUGUGAUGGACGUGCCGGUGGACGAGGAGAUGGUCUCCGUUGACCUCCAGGACGUGCCCCCUGACCCCCUCCCGCCUGCUGCUGAUGCUGCUGAUGCAGCAGGGAAUGAGCCGCUGGGGGACGUUGAGGGGGCGAAAACCAACGGUGCCGACAGUGCUGCCACCUCCGGCGAAGAAGCUUCUGCGAGAGCGGCGGCGGCAAGUGGGGAUGCAGAGCAGGGAGAGGGGUUUCUCGCACGCUGGUUCAUCGCGCCCCUGGCUGCAACACUGGAACCCAUUCUCGCCCCUCUCUACCCCCUCACAUCCCUCUUCCUCUCGCCCGGCCAAACCGUGCUCCUUGCCUCCGCCCUGGCACUACUUGCCUGCUGCUGCUGCUGCUGCAUCUGCUGCUGCCGCUCCCUCUCCCGCCUCGUGAGUACCAGCCGUGGGGUAGCAACAGGGGGCAGCGGCAGCUGGUUUGGCGGGAGGCACGGGCCAGGUGCGGCGUACUCUGAGGUGGCUCGGCAGGAGGUGGAUUUGUCUGUUGCGUUUGGACAGCAGAUCCCGGGAGGAGGGAAGCAGGGAGGGGGAGGGCAGGGAGGGGUGCGGGGAGAAGCUGGAAGGAGCAGGGCAGACGGUGGGUCGGAGUGGGAUGAGUGGGACGAGGAAUGGGGGGGUGCGAGAGGGGAGGCGGGAGGAGGGAGGGAGAAGAGGGUGGGGAGCGUGGGAAGUGGGGGAAGGGGAGUGGGUAGCGGGGAUGGGUGUAGUUCAGGGGAGGGAGAAGGUAGGGGGGUGAGGAAAGGGGGGAAGCUGGUUGUGAGCAAGGGGACAGGGGCAGCUGGCAAGGAAGGGUGGAAAUCAUGA